AACGAAAUCAAUAUCCAACAUUUACUGAUGAUGGAACAUCAACAAUUGGACCACUGGACCAUCCUACAUUUCAUUUGCCUCUCAUCCUUUCUUUCCUUCUCCCCAAUUUCGUCCCUGCAACUACAUUAGACACAAAUAUAACUCAUAUCUGCCACUUCAACUUCCAUCUCAAGCCAGUAGACCCCCGUUUAUAUAAACUGUUCAAUCAGGACAAAGAAAUAUUACCAGGGUGUCUUGAAAAGAAAACAGUGCAAAAAGAUUGUUUUACCCGUGUCAUUUACCACGGCUUUGCUAUAUAUGAACUCCCAACAAAGGCUUGCCAUUCACAAAGUUGAACAGACUAUAUUGUCGAGCUUUGAAGCAUUCAUUUCAUUCAUUCAAAACCAAAAAUGCCGUUUUCAUCUUCAAAAAAUUUCAUAAAACGGUUCUGUGUGGAGGACUUUCAUACAAGUAAUGAAACCCAAAGUGGUUUCUUCUCUAGCGAUCUCCUGCCAUCACUUGGAGCUCAAAUUAACCAGACAACAGAACUCAGAAAAUACAUAAUUUCCCCAUUCAACCCGCGUUAUAGGGCCUGGGAGAUGUUUCUUGUUCUCUUGGUCAUUUAUUCAGCCUGGAUUUCUCCAUUCGAGUUUGCAUUUUUGCGUUACAAGAAAGAUGCCCUGUUCAUCAUAGACAACAUUGUCAACAGCUUCUUCGCCAUCGAUAUUCUUCUCACCUUCUUUGUGGCAUAUCUUGAUAGCCAAUCAUAUCUUCUAGUUGAUAAUCGUCAAAAAAUAGCCAUAAGGUAUCUAUCCACCUGGUUCGUCUUUGAUGUCUGCUCAACAAUACCAUUUCAAUCCAUCAGCCUCCUUUUCACAGAUCACAGCGAUGGAUUAUGCUUUCAAUUUCUCAGUAUGCUUCGACUUUGGCGUCUCAGAAGAGUCAGCUCCCUGUUUGCACGACUUGAAAAGGACAUCCGAUUCAACUAUUUCUGGACUCGCUGCGCAAAGCUCAUCUCUGUGACUUUGUUCGCAGUACAUUUUGCUGGGUGCUUUAACUACAUGAUAGCAGAUAGAUAUCCAGAUCCGAAAAGAACUUGGAUUGGUGCUGUUUAUCCAAAUUUCAAAGAAAUGAGCCUUUGGGACAGAUAUAUAACUGCAAUUUACUGGUCUAUAGUGACAUUAACCACAACAGGUUAUGGGGAUUUGCACGCUGAGAACACUAGAGAGAUGCUGUUUGAUAUCUUCUACAUGCUAUUCAAUCUGGGAUUGACAUCUUACCUCAUUGGGAACAUGACAAACCUUGUAGUUCAUUGGACCAGCCACACCAGAAACUUUAGAGAUACUAUUAGAGCUGCUUCAGAUUUCACAAAACGGAACCAUUUGCCACCACAUAUACACGAGCAACUUCUGUCGUAUAUAUGUCUCAAAUUCAAAACAGAAGGAUUCAAACAGCAAGAGGCCCUUAAUGGACUGCCCAAGGCCAUUCGUUCCAACAUUGCUCACCAUCUAUUUUACCCCAUUGUUCAAAAUGUCGAUCUCUUCCAAGGUGUUACACAAGACUUCCUUUUCCAACUGGUCCCGGAAUUGGAAGCUGAGUAUUACCCUCCUAAAGAAGACGUGAUUUUGCAAAAUGAGGCCCCAACUGAUUCAUAUAUACUUGUCACAGGAGAAGUGGAACUAAUUGCAAGUAUUGAUGGGCAUGAUCAAGUCUUAAGAAAGGCUGAAGCAAGGGAAAUGUUUGGAGAUAUAGGGGUUUUGUAUGGAAAGCCUCAGCCAUUUGGUGUCCGAACAACCGAACUUUCUCAAAUACUACGACUGAACAGGACAGCAUUGCUGAACAUUCUUCAAGCAAAUCCAGCAGAUAAACACACUAUUAUGAACAAUCUUUUCCUGAAACUCGCCAGAUGGAGUAGCAUUGACAUCGAGGGCUACCACGAUCCAACUUUGAUCCACAAUAAUUGGCUUGAUAAAACUAUAAGCAUUUAUGACCCAAUGUGGGGUUACGAAAAUAAAAGAAAUUUAGAUGAGCACAAAAUCAACUUAUUAGGGCCAGAAAUGGGUGAAAAAACCAGGAUUAGGCAGCAUCCAGAAAAUGGGGCCAAUAUUUAUGCCAACAAUCAUCAACGGAAACAAACAUAUAUCAGCUCAAGCAGUUUUAGGUAUCCCAACAGUGAAGAUGCUUUACAAUCAGCGAAGAAGAGAGUCACCAUUUACAUGAAGUCUCAAAACGAUCAAAUUUCACUAAAGCAGUUUGGGAAGCUAAUAAUUCUACCUGAUUCACUAGAAAUGCUAUUUGAAAUAGCAGGUCAAAAGUUUGGAGAGUACAAUUUCACAAAAGUUGUAAAUGCAGAGAAUGCAGAAAUUGAUGACAUAAGUGUCAUCCAUGAUGGGGAUCAUUUGUUUCUAUUGACGAGCUAGUGACAGCAUAGAAUGCAAUGCGAACUAAAAAUUAUCUAUGGCAACAAUCUAGUCAUGCAGAGAGAUAGGCAUUUCGAGCAAAUAGUACAUUGAAAUAUUUUAACAAAGGUGAGUUUAUACAACAAAUCAAUGAAUGGGCUUUAAAAGAAUGGUGCAGUUGCUAGUUAGAAAUAAGGGUGAAGUUUUUGACCAGGGAACACAUUAUGCAUAGGACAAUAGAAUUAUGCUAGAUGUAUAUAGUGCUUUACACCUUUGUUGACAUUCCCUCCUAUGUGGAAGAAAUCUGUGCGGUGAUGUGAUAGAUGGAUUCAAAAUCAAUGGCUUUGAUGGAUCCCUCUGGAAGAUUGUCAACGAAGGUGUGAAGGAGAGUGUACAUAUAGCAUGAUUGUAGGACAAUAAGAGUUUCUCACUGCACGUGGUCCAAUGUAGUCUCAAGUUGACGGUGAUCUACCAUUGAUUUGAAUUUUCAGAAACCCAGUUUACUAUUCGAUUACAAUUUCUUUUUAUCACACAUUAUGUUGAGGAAAGAAAAUUAAAGGAGGUAGUUAUGUUAUUCUCAGUUCUUGAGUUCCAUUGGGAUCAAUUAUGUUUUCAGAUAGUUGAGUAGGGUUUUGAUUCCAAAGCAAAUAGAACUAGUUCACAAGUGUUUC